GGCAAAUUCAAGUGAUCAAGACUCCAAUUCAUUGAAUAUUUAUUAUACUCUUGACGAAGAUGGAUACAAAUGGAAAAUGCAUAGGAAACGUUUGACUAUAGAUAACAAGUUUCCAAAAACUUAUUAUACGUGCAUUAAUCCUGAUUGUUCCGUCAAGAAAAGGGUAUAUAGGAAUUCACAGGAAGAAAUUAAUGUUGAAUACAAUCAAGAAAAUCACAAUCACCAACCUCCUGAUCCUAAUCCAACAAUAACUGAAUUAUUGGAUACAAGGACCGGAGAAGUAAUAUACAAAGACAUCCAGGGACACAAGUGGACAUGUCAUAGGAGAAAUUGUAAUAUUAAUGGCACUGGACUUUCAAGAGCUUAUUAUAACUGCAUUUAUCCUAAUUGUGACGUCAAGAAAUUUGUUGUGGGAGAUAAAAUUACUAUCAAUGGACCACAUAAUCAUCGACCUCUUAAUUUAAAUAUCCAAGAAAAUAUUUUAAGUGAAUCUACUGAACCUAAACUUCAAAAUUUAGUAGAAAUAAAUUCUGGUGCAGAUGUUGGGCCUCAACCAAAAAGGAUGAGAAGUACACAAAUUACAACUUCAGAACCAUGUCCUUAUCUAAAAGAUAUAGAAGAAAAUUUGGCGAGGUCACCUAAGGUUGUGAAUGAAGUUAAACUAUCUGAAUAUAUUGCAGAGUUUCAAAAGUUACUUUGAUUGACAUAUAUUUGUUCAUUAUGUAAUUUCUUCCUCUAUGAUAUGAAGCUAAGAA